AUGCUUACUUUCAUCGCUACACUGUCCGUGUCUGAUAAACGACCGAUUGCUUUCUCUUCGUCUGCUAACAAUUCAACAGUAUGUCUCACACUACACCGACCCACUGGUUUGUUCAGCCGAAAAACAACACAGGUUCCGGCAAAACUACCAGCACUUUUUCAAUCGGUACAAAACUCCGACGAACCACAAACAACUGCUCUUCAAACGAACGUUGAUCCUUCCUUCUCAUUUGACUUCGCAACUCCUGAACCCUCCUUCGACUUAUCAUUAAACGAUCCUUUAUUCGACGAACUCGUCAACAAUACUCCAUUGCCCUCCGAAUUCGACGAUAGUUGGCCGACCGAAUUAGAGUUUGAUUCAUUUGAUCAAUUACUGUCUCCGCAAUUGGAUAUGACCUAUAAAGAGUAUACUGGUAUGUCUAUGGAACAAGACGACAACAACAACAACUAUUUUCCACACGUCGGUAUGACUACUGACGUGUGUACCACGACCUCAUCAAAUCAUGAUGAGAGUACCACGACCUCAUCAAAUCAUGAUGAGAGUACCACAUCUUCAGUUGACUCUACAUCGGAUGAUAAUGAACGCGAUGACAUCAAUCGACGUGGCUUGAAGAAAAGCGGUGGUCCAGUUCGAAAGCUUGCACGAUUUGGUAACAAACAAGUCGUGAAGUACUCGGACGAGUAUCACGACCGCCGUGUCAAGAAUAACGAAGCUGUCAAGAAAAGUCGAAUGAAAGCCAAAGAAAAACAAAAGACUACAGAGGUCAAAAUGGUCGAAUUAGCAAAUGAGAAUCGUUCAUUAACCGAUCGAGUCGAUCUCUUGAUGAAGGAAUUGCAAGUGUUGAAAUCGCUGUACAAAGAACUCAAUCAAGAUUUGCCAUCAUCAGCUGUUAAAGCUCUUGAACGUGUUAAUGUUCGGUAA